AUUCAUCAUUAUCAUAAUUAUUAUUCUACGUUCUCUCACAUUAAUAUUGGACUAUUUUUGCAGGACACCUAUGGAAAAAUAUAUGAUACAUUCUGGGAUGAACAGCAGAGAUAUGAAAUUUUCAAGGAAAACUUGAAGAAAAUAGAAGAGCACAAUGCCAAAUAUCACCAUGGACAAGAAACUCACCAUAUCGGAAUUACCCAGUUUGCCGAUAUGACACAUGAGGAAUUCAGAAAGAUUCUUGGUCGGCAGAAAAAAAUUAAACCAGCUGCAUCAGCUGCAAUACUCGAAACAACAUGGAUUGAAGCAACAACUAAAAAAAUACCUGAUGAAUGGGACUGGAGACACGAAGGAGCUGUAUCGGAUAUCAAAGAUCAAGCAAAUUGUGGGUCCUGCUGGGCUUUCAGUGCUACAGGUGCAAUGGAAGGUCAGAAUGCUAUCCAUCAUAAAAUAAGGAUUCCGCUGAGUGAACAGCAACUUCUGGACUGCUCCGGAGAAUAUGGCAACGGAGACUGCAUUGCUGGAGGAGACGAGAAAGCGUCUUUCGCUUAUGUCAAAGAUCAUGGGAUCGAAACAGAGGCUCAGUAUCCUUACACCGGAAACAAAACGAAAUGCAUGUUCGAUGAGAGCAGAACUCUCUUGAAUAUCACAGGAUAUAAAGAAUUGCCAGGAAAUGAGGAAGCACUCAAACAAGCUAUAGCAUCUAUUGGACCAAUAUCAGUGGCUAUCGAUGCAGAUAACAUCCAGCUAUACGUUGGAGGAAUAUACACGACCAAGUGUAAAACAAUUGACAUAAACCACGCAGUACUAGCAGUCGGAUAUGGAUCGCAAUCAACUAAAAAUGGGACAAUCGAUUAUUGGAUAAUAAAAAAUUCUUGGGGUAAAACUUGGGGCGAACAAGGUUAUAUUAGAAUUCAAAGGAAUGCAGAUAAUUUAUGUGGCAUUGGAUUAGAGAGUUCUUAUCCAACUCUCAAGUAA